UUAUUUUAUGGCGCCGGCGCCUUGUGACACAGUAGCUCAGUGCUACCGCUGCGAACUCUGCCACUGAAGCUCAACUGCUGGCUGCUCAAGACGCUACGGAGCCGCACCUAAAUGCUCGUACUUUCGCCGAAGCAACUCGGCAGGACACCCGCGCCAAGCAAACCUGCAACACGGUCGCCGACUCGCAAAUCGUGCGCCUUUCGCUGCAGCGGACCGCCUCACAAAUGCAAUGAGCCUUGAUGGAUGCAUCACUCUUGCCAAAGCGGCAUGCCCCGCACCUUCCAAGGUCGUCAUUCAGGUCGAGGCUGGUGUGCAGUGCAGCUUGCUUCUGACUGACCAGUCUGUCGGGUGCUCCUUCAAAGCAGGCAGCCAGUCAAGGAGCGUGCAGACUGCAGAGACUGAGGAUCAGUCAAGCUCCACCUCAGGUCACAACCUCACAGAAGAGGAGGCUGUUGCCUUCCUGUUUGAACUACCGGAUAACCCAGAUAUCAGUGAAGACGAUGGGGAUAGUACAAGCGACGAGGAGUUUACACCGGAGCUUCCGCCUGUCAGUGAGGAAGAGAUCGACAACAGCGGACAAUCUUGUAGCACCAGUACUUUGAAGCGAAAGCGCUCGUAUACAAAAAAAAGAUCGGCAAAAAAGAAAAGGGCUCAUAGGACAGUUGAAACUAAGGCUAUGGACAAAGAUGACAGCACUUCAUGUAAUUGCUGGACAAAUGACCUCCUAAGAAGCAUUUCAGAGAUGCCAGAAACAUGGGACCCGCUAUAUUGUUCCGAAGUGCGUGUGAACGCCAAAGAGGCAUUCUGCCUGUACUUCGACAAGGACGUCCUCAACGUUCUUGUCGCAGAAACAAACAGGUAUGUGUUGCAAAAACGUCAGCUAGGCUGGCAUGACCUUUCUAAAGAAGAACUUGAAGCCUUCAUAGGAAUGCUUAUUUUGAUGAGCGUUAAUCCUAUGCCCCAUACGUACCUCUAUUGGAGCAGCGACAAAUUUUUUAAUCUAGAAGAGAUAAGUAAGGUAAUGACAUCCAAGCGCUUCCAAGCAAUCCUCAACAGUCUGCACAUAACUGACAUUUCAAAGCUGAAAAAAAGUGGCGAAGAAGGCCAUGACCGACUUGGAAAGGUGCAUCCCUUUGUUGAUGCUUUGAAUGAACGCUUCAAGCAGCACUACAUCCCUUCGUCUCAUCAAGCAGUGGAUGAGAGCAUGAUACCGUUCAAAGUACGGUGAAGCUUGAAACAGUACAGGCCAAUGAAGCCAAUCAAGCGCGGAUACAAGGUGUGGUGUCGGGCCGAUUCUGCAACAGGGUACCUGGUACAGUUUCAGAUUUACAAAGGAAAAGACGCUACCUGGCCUGCUAAUCUAACCCUAGGAGAGCACGUCAUAUUGUCCCUCUCCACUGAUGUGCAAGCAGGUUCUCAGUUGUUUUUUGAUGACUUUUUUACGACAAUGCGGCUCCUUGAUAUCCUUACAGAGAAGGGCAUCCUUGCAACUGGGACUGUGCGCAUGAACUGCAAAUACAUGCCGCCCACUAUCAAGGUUGACAAGCUGAAAAAAGGGGAACACUUGUGGUGGUCCAAACGAGCAGUAACCGCAUACCAGUAGAAGAACAGCAAAUGCAUCACUGCAAUGUCCAAUUUCCACAAUCCGGAAGAAGUUAUGGAAGUGAACCGAAGGCUUUCAAAUGGGGCUUUAGCAGGAGUUACUUGCCCGAAAGCCAUAUCUGACUACAAUGCUUGGAUGGGCGGUGUAGACCAGUAUGACCAAAAACGAGGUGCCUACCCAUCCGACCGUCGCUCUAAAAUAGGGUGGCACAGAAUAUUCUAUCAUUUGCUGGACGCUGCAAUUGUGAACGCAUUUGUCCAGUUUUCUGCACACCAUGAGACGACAUAUUUGUUUUUUAGGCUUUCUCUUGGGCGCAGGCUUAUCAAUGGACAGACAUUCCGGGCCCAGCACGCCAUCAUCGUCCACAAAAACAAGAAAAAUGCAACUGCAACUGGUCAACAGAUGGCAAGAGUGCCAGACGACGUUAGGUUCCUGGGACAUCACCACCACCCGGAGCGGUUGCCUAGUCGAAGGCGGUGUAGGUGGUGCUCUACGGCACAAAAGCAACUGAGAACAAGCUACCUGUGCAGCAAAUGCCAGGUUCCACUGUGUGUUGAAUGCUUUGGACCAUUUCACAAGUGAAGAGCACAGUUGAUCUGUAAAUAUGUCAAUUACACCUUUUUUUUACUGAUACCGCCAGAGGACAGUGGUACAAAUCUGUACCACCUUUCAUAGCCUGUAAUAAAGAGAGUGGUACAUAUAUGUACCACUUUUUU